UUCUCACUCUACAAAAGCUGCGGCCCGACCACCUCGCUUCCCCACACCCUUGCCAGCUCCAGCUCGCGACGCCACCUCACCUGACCACAUCGGCUGCUAGACGGGCACGCGGGCUCACCGACUCCUUCCUUCUUUCAUUCGGCUUUGAUCUGUGGCUGGGAGCUCACACUUUCCGAUCUGAGUUCAGGCUUGACGGCUUGAUCAUGGAAGGAUCCACUCCCACGAUCACAAGGAUCGCUGUGGUCACCGGCGGGAGCAAGGGGAUCGGGCUGGAGGCGUGCAAGCAGCUGGCCGGCAGCGGCAUCACGGUCGUUCUGACGGCCAGGGACGAGACGAGGGGAACGGCGGCGGUGGAGCAGAUCAAACGGCUGGGCCACUCGGAUGUCAUUUUCCAUCAGUUAGACAUCACGGAUGCUUCCAGCAUCGCUCGGCUGGCAGAUUUCCUCAAGACCCGUUUCGGGAAGCUUGACAUCCUGGUGAAUAAUGCUGCUACCGAUGGGAUCGAGCAUGUCAUCAACCCGGUUUAUGGUUUGAUUCCCGGCGAUGAAACGUUCAAUGGCAUGGAUGCGGGCCAGAGGAUGGAUUGGAUGUGGACCACUUGUCGACAGACGUACGAAACUGCAAAGCAGGGCCUGCAGACGAACUACUACGGCACAAAGCGGGUGACGGAGGCGCUCCUGCCCCUGCUCCGAUCCUCAUCGGACGGAAGAAUCGUCAAUGUCUCCUCCAACUUCGGAUUGCUCAGCUUUUUCAGGAACGAGGAGCUGAAGAAGGAGCUUAACGACGUCGACAGCCUGACGGAGGAGAGGCUGGACGAGCUGCUGGCCAUGUUCCUGAAGGACUUCGAGGCCGGCGCGGUGGAGGCGCACGGGUGGCCGGCCGAGUUCUCGGCGUACAAGGUGGCCAAGGCCGCCAUGAACGCCUACUCGAGGAUCCUGGCCAAGAGGCACCCGGAGCUGCGCGUCAACUGCGCGCACCCCGGUUACGUGAAGACAGACAUCACCAGGAACUCCGGGAUCCUGACGCCGGAGGAGGGCGCUCGGAACAUCACUGGCGUUGCACUGCUGCCGGAAGGCGGGCCGACCGGCAAGUACUUCUCCGAAGGCGAGGAGGCAUCGUUCGUGUGAAAAAAUAAAGCAUCUGUAGCACUACUGUUUUGUUGCGCCAAUCUGUGGUGGGAUAAUAAUCUGUGAGUUGAAGAAUAAAGCAGGUAUGUUCGUUUGGA